AUAUACUUCCUUUUUUAUGUCGGCCACUGACGGGAGAGGAUGUGUUUAUCGAAGCUCUCGGGGAUUGGCAUGCUGAACUGUGCACAGGUUGGCUUGCACCUGGUGAGCUUUCAUAUUGCUGCAGUAGGUGGCGGUGCAGCAGUUGACAAUUGUGGCCUCUAUAAAGCAUAUGACUCUGUCUAUGAUGCGUGCAAGGGGUGCAACUUUUGUUGCAAUAAGACAUUAGGUGGACAUAUUAAUAACUUGACUCCUGAGAGCAAGUGCAUUGACUUAAAGAAGGACUCUUUCCUGUACGGUUGCUUUGAACAAGAUGGAGAGGAUGUCUGCCCUGUCCACAUGUAUCCAAUACAUCCCACCGACUCGGUGACAGAUAGCUCCCUCUGGGAAAUUGUUGGACCAAUCAUGGGCAUCUUGGCAGUUGCGGCAUUUAUCCUUGCAGUGUGUUUUUGGCAAAAGAGGCAGAAAAAAGCACCAGAAAAAGAUGUCACAUUGACUGAUGUGAAGAUAAUAUCUCAACCGGCCUCCCAAAAGGAUGAAGAAACUCCCCCGGAACAGGAGAACUUAGUGGAAGCAGUUCCAGCCACCACGGGACAUGAAAUGAGCAGUAAGGUAGUCAAAACUGCUGCAGAGCCCUGGGGAAGUAUGGAAGAUGAUAAUACAAGUGUCCAGGAAAAUGAAGAUUCCUCCACUGGGUCUAGACAAAACAGGUCAGCCCGUCCAGUUGCUAAACCUUGGGGACUGGGUGAGACAAGUAGGAAGUAUGUGCCUGACGACCCCCCUGAACUGGCAGUUGGGGCGCAACCAGAAAAACCAGAGGAAGAAGAACCACUAUUAGAGGAUGGGGACCAAACUCGGGUGAAGUCUCUUUCCAUGGAUCCGUAUUACGAGGGCUUGGUGGAUGAAAAGUUUAAUUUAAGUGCAGAGGCCAAGCCUGGAGCAUCUGAGUAA